AUGCUGCAGUACCACCCCGGGCCUGUGGGGGUGGACCCUGACAUGCUGCAGUACCACCCCGGGCCUGUGGGGGUGGACCCUGACAUGCUGCAGUACCACCCCGGGCCUGUGGGGGUGGACCCUGACAUGCUGCAGUACCACCCCGGGCCUGUGGGGGUGGACCCUGACAUGCUGCAGUACCACCCCGGGCCUGUGGGGGUGGACCCUGACAUGCUGCAGUACCACCCCGGGCCUGUGGGGGUGGACCCUGACAUGCUGCAGUACCACCCCGGGCCUGUGGGGGUGGACCCGGACAUGCUGCAGUACCACCCCGGGCCUGUGGGGGUGGACCCUGACAUGCUGCAGUACCACCCCAGACCUGUGGGGGUGGACCCGGAAUAA